CUUCCGUCAUUGCACGUCUUUGAGCACCAUCGAUUUGUACCAUGGGUGCGACUGUUUUUGCCGGCUAUAUGCUCAGUGACGCAGACGCCCGAGCCUGGGCGGAAAAGCACGGCUGGCAUGUAUCGGAGAACAGUAGCGUUGGCCGCUGCAUACGGCGCCAUUGGGAGGAGCUCCACACAGAUGCGUCCGGCGACGUAAUGUCAACGGAUUGGCCCAAAGCCAAGAAAAAGCGGGUUCUGGACGAGCACGGAGAAGUAGUGCGCCACCAAAUCGUCAGACAGGGCAAUCCCAUCGUGUUGGUCGUGCGCGCAAAACGCUACGACCCGAAGGCAACCGCUUCCACCUGUAUUUGGAUCGAGGAAAGGGACUCUGAUCGCGAAUUAAAGGCCAUCCUAGAGGGAGCGCAUGGGAUUGAGUGGAAAUGGGUCAUGGUUCCUGACCCGUUCAUGCUGCUCCCGUUUGAUUUCGUUGAAGACGUUCCAGAGGAUUACUACAGACGCGGGUCCGAGCGAGUAUUGGUUAACGUCGAGUAAACUGGGGACGCGGAUAUCUGUCGCCUGAUGCAUCUAUGCUUACUUCUACGCAAACG